CUGUAGUCAGAUGCUCUGCUCUUCUGUCUGCAGUCUCUGGUCAUCUUCUGUACUAUGUCCGCAGUCUCUGGUCAUCUCCUGUACUGUGUCCGCAGUCUCUGGUCAUCUCCUGUGCUGUGUCCGCAGUCUCUGGUCAUCUCCUGUGCUGUGUCCGCAGUCUCUGGUCAUCUCCUGUGCUGUGUCCGCAGUCUCUGGUCAUCCCCUGUGCUAUGCCCGCAGUCUCUGGUCAUCCCCUGUGCUAUGCCCGCAGUCUCUGGUCAUCCCCUGUGCUAUGUCCGCAGUCUCUGGUCAUCCCCUGUGCUAUGCCCGCAGUCUCUAGUCAUCUCCUGUACUAUGCCCGCAGUCUCUGGUCAUCUACUGUACUAUGUCUGCAGUCUCUGGUCAUCUCCUGUAGUAUGUCCGCAGGCUCUGGUCAUCUCCUGUACUAUAUGUCUGCAGUCUCUGGUCAUCCCCUGUACUAUGCCUGCAGUCUCUGGUCAUCUCAUGUACUAUGUCUGCAGUCUCUGCUCAUCUCCU